AGCAGUUUUUGAAGUUUGCUACAUAACCCUUUUUGUUUUUUUUCCAGAGGGAUUUUUUUUUUGGAUUGCAGCUUUUUUAUUGAUAUGGGAAAUUUGCUUUUCCUUUUGAUUUUGGUGAUGAAUUGUGGAACAUAUAGUUUGAUGAUUUUAUUGAUUUCAAGUAGGAAUACUUUAUAGUGGUCUUCUGCAGUGGUACAGGUUGAGAAUAGAUUUUGCCAGUCAAGAAAUGAGAGAUCAUUGUUUAUAAGGUCAUAGUUGGCUUUUUUAAAAUUGUAGUUUGGAGUACUAUUGUUGAGACGAUUUAUGCGAGGACCUAUGUUUAGAUAAAAGUCUAUCAUGCAGUGGUCACUGUUGGAAAAGGGUUCUCUUACUUGUAGUCCAUAAAUUGAGUUUGAGUUAUUGCAAAAGAUGAGGUCGAGGCAGUUCAUGAGUCUAGUAUUGUUAGUUACUAGUUGUUCAAGGCCAAGGUAUGUAACUGCGUUGUAUAGUGUAGUAUGGAUUGGUUCAGUUGAACAUUCAUUUGUUAUCCAGUUUAUAGAAAGUAGAUUUAGGUCUCCCAGAAAGAUGAGAGGAUAUGGGCAAGAGGUAGCCCAUGUUAGUAGUGAGGUUAACAUAUUUGCAUGAGCGAUGUCGUAGUCAGGGGCUCUGUAGCAUAAUAUGAAUCUUAGUGUGGUAUUGGUGGAUAGGUCACAUACAAUAGUUUCAGGUAGAGAGAGAUGAUGUGCAACUUGAAUAUUUUUUAAGUUCAGUGAUUUUUUGUAAAAAAUAGCUACUCCACCACCUCUGCGGUGAUCACGAUCUGAUCGAAGAACUUGGUAUUCUUUGUUUGAAAUAAUGGAGUCAGUGAAGGAUGAGUUUAGCCAUGUUUCACAUACAAAUAUGAUAUCAAAUGUACCAUUGUUUAAUAAGAGGAUAAAUUCAGCCAUGGAAGAAGCCAGCACUGUGGAGGAAGGGGAAGUGACCUCAGGGAUGCAAUCCUUGGCAGUGGAAGAUGGGCCUGCUCCGGAUGUAGCUUCUGCCACUGAGGAACAAGAUGACGCUGCCAGAGAAACUGAGGGGGAAUUAUCAGAGAAGGGAGAGAAAUCUGCUGAAGAGGAUUGGUGUGUCCCCUGCAGCGAUGAGGAGCUGGAUUCUCCAGAUAACUGGAUGCCUGAACCCAAGGAGAUCCGCCGUUUAUAUGAGCUCAUUGCUGAACAUGGGACUUUGGAGAUUCAGGCCGAAAUCCUCCCUCGGCGCAAUCCAACCCCAGAGCCUGACAGUGAAGAUGAGGAUAAAUCUGAUGGACAAUCUGAACAGGAAGAAGAGGAGGAGGAGAAGCCUCAUGUGCCUACUGAGUUCGACUUUGAUGAUGAGCCUGCCACUCCCAAAAGCUCCUUGAUUGAUCGACGGAGAACUCCUGGAACGUCAGCUAAGAGCCAGAAAAGAGAAGCCCGCCUGGACAAGGUGCUGUCAGACAUGAAGCGCCAUAAAGUGCUGGAGGAGCAAAUUAUGAAAACAGGCUGUGACCUCUUUGACCUUGAUUCAGAUGAUGUACCCACUCCAAAACGACCCUCUGGUCUCUUCCUUCGUCAGCGCAAAUACUAACCGUAACCAAGAGAAUAAACCAAGAGAGGAAGAUGGAGUGGAACUAUGGGUACAGAUACAAGGGGAAAGAACUCCUGCCUAAACCUGUUGCAUCUGUUAAUACCCUGGACGUAGACUCUGAUCCUAUAUGGGUUGCUAGAGGUACUAGUUUCUGGGUGUAAUAAAACUCUGUGAGUUUGCUUUUAACUUAAUUUCUGUAAACUAUUCUUAGAGUAAUGGAAAGAGUUGCCAAUCAGGAGGAGAGGAAUUGUUGAGCACCUACAAUUUCACUUGCCAUAUACAGACAGUAUUCAAUUUACAACCAUUCAUUUAGCAACCAUUCAAAGUUACAACAACAAUGAAAAAAAAUGAUGACUGGUCCUUGCAGUUACAAACGUCUCCAUGUUCACAUGAUCUGAAUUCUGGUGCUUGGCAACCAGCAUGCGUUUAUGAUGUUUGCAGUGUCCCAGAGUCAUGUGAUCCCCAUUUGUAGCCUUCCGAGCCAUCUUCCAAUAACCAAAGUCAAUGGGGGGAGAUGGAUUCACUUAAUGACCACAUGAUUCAUUUAACAACUGUAACGAUUCACUUAACAACUAGCAAAAAUGUCAUUAAAUCAGGUGCAGUUCACUUAACUAUUCUAGCUUAGCAACAAAAUUCUGUCCUGUUCUGUGGUUGUAAAUUGAGGUUGCCUGUUCCCCAGUUUAUCUGCUUACCCUUAAUCUUUUUGUGAUAUCAGAAUUGAUAACACUGUGGGGUUGUCACAGAUGUCCUUGCCAAAAAAAGCCCACACAGUUCUAGGCUGCAUAAACAGGGAUAGAAUCCAGGGGCCUCUGUGGCUCAGACUGGUAAGACAGUCUGUUAUUAACAGCAGCUGCUUGCAAUUGCUGCAGGUUCAAGCCCCACCAGGCCCAAGGUUGACUCAGCCUUCCAUCCUUUAUAAGGUAGGUAAAAUGAGGACCCAGAUUGUUGGGGGCAAUAUGUAUAUAAUAUACAAAUGGAUGAAGACUAUUGCUUAACAUAGUGUAAGCCGCCCUGAGUCUUCGGAGAAGGGCGGGAUAUAAAUGCAAAUAAAAAAAAAAGAUCAUGUGAAUUGUUAAUACCACUUUAUAAUGCCUUGGUAAGGCCACACUUGGAAUACUGCAUCCAGCUUUGGUUGCCACAAUAUAAAAAAGAUGUGGAGACUCUAGAAAGAGUUCAGAGAAGAGCAACAAAGAUGAUUAGGGGACUGGAGGCUAAAACAUAAAGAACAGUUGCUGGAAUUGGG